AUGGCAUCCGCCGCGACGGGCGCGGCCAAACCAGGGCUCCUGCUCCUGCGCCGCACGGACGCCACCUUCACGGCCGCGCUGCGGGCGCGCUUCCGCGUCCUCGACUUCUACGCCUCGGGCGCGCCGCUCCGGGCCUUCCUCACGGCCGCCGCGGCGGAACCGGACCCCCCGCGCGCCGCGCUCGUGGUGGCCGGCGGCGCCAUCCUCGUCGACGCGGCGUUCCUGGACGCCGUCCCCUCCCUCGGCUGCGUCGUCACCACGGGCGCCGGAGUGGACCACGUCGACCUCGCCCAGUGCGCGGGCCGCGGCGUCGUCGUCGCCGGCGCGGGCGAGAUCUUCUCCGUCGACGUCGCUGACCACGCCGUCGGGCUCCUCAUCGGCGUGCUCCGACGCCUCGCGGCUGCCGGCCGCUACGUCCGCGCAGGGCUCUGGCCGGCGCAAGGGGACUACCGGCUGACCUCCAAGCUCAGUGGCAAGCGCGUAGGCAUCAUCGGUCUGGGCAGCAUCGGCUCACAGAUCGCCAAGCGUCUCCAGGCAUUCGGCUGCGCCAUCUCCUACCACUCGAGGGCGCCCAAGGCCUCCGUCCCCUACCGCUACUUCCCCGACGUGCACGCGCUCGCCGCGGACUCCGACGCUCUGAUCGUCGCGUGCGCGCUCAACGACGCGACGCGCCGCAUCGUCGGGCGCCGCGUGCUGGACGCGCUGGGCCCGGAUGGCGUCCUGGUGAACAUCGCGCGCGGGGGGAACGUAGACGAGCAGGAGCUGGUCGCGGCGCUGCAGGAUGGGAGGAUCGCCGGCGCGGGCCUCGACGUCUUCCAGAACGAGCCGCACGUGCCGCCGGAGCUGCGGGACAUGGACAAUGUUGUGCUGACGGCGCACGAGGCAGUGUCCACCGAGGAGUCACGCGCCGACCUCCAGGAGCUCAUGAUUGGGAACCUCGAAGCCUUCUUCGCCGGGAAGCCGUUGCUGACGCCCGUGCUUCGUCCAUAG